AUGGUAGGACAGCUAAAAAGGGCAAGAAAGAAUGAUACGGACAAGAUAAGUGUUGAUAUUACAAGAAAGAUACAUACCAAAAAUGUGGUGACGGGUGGUGAAACAGAUACAUUGAGUUCAAUACAUGAGAUACAAUCAAAUAAUAGGAUCAACAUUAAGCGCCAAAAAGUAAAUUGCGAAAAAAACACGAAUGAUGAUGAGAUCUUGCAAAUCGAUGAAGAUGAGGACGGGGUUAAGAGUGCGAUUGAACUUGGAUUGAUAAAUGGUAUGGUAGACCAAUCAAGUGAUACAAAUGAUACUGAGAAUUCCGACACAAAUGAUAGUACUGAUAACAGUUCUGAUAGUAGCCAAGACGAUAAUAAUGAUAAGAACAGCGAUGAUAGAUUCAAAACAAGCGCCGAAUCGCUCAGUAUUGAUUUUGGGAUGGGUGCGAAGACGCUUUUGUCAAACUCAAAGAGAGGAUACGUUGAUGUUGAUGUGACUACUAGUUCAACUGUUGAUCCAGAAGGUAUAAAUUACUAUAACAAUAAUAUAGUUGUUGGAUUAAGAGCAGGGGACUGCCUUAUGAUAAAAGGUAAGUUCAAGCUGAUCGUGCAAAAAGGUGCAAUAACGUUAAAUACAAUCGUUUUUCAUGCUGACGAAAAACAUGUGUUGGAGGUGGAGGCAUCUUCUCUUUCUUCUCUCCCGGUGAUCCGACCAACAUCAGCUCAAAAUUCACAACUGGUAAAGAACAGCCAGAAUAAAUGGAUUGCAAACUUUUUCUCUCCUAAGUACAUGUCAGUGGUGAAGAUAGAGAACUGGUUUGAUGGAAGCAACGAGAUUGGAAUGCUGUACUCGCAAUUGAAGAAUAUAUACUGCACGAAAGAUGAUGUUAAUGUCAAAAAUGGCAUGCACUCUAAUCCGUACUCGUUUCGGCCUAUUAAAUCGUCUUCUGAGGGUGAAAUCGGGACGACGGAACUCGAGGAUUGGAGAUACUAUCGGAAUGCGUUAACAUCAGAGAUACAGGAGGCACACCUUUCAAAAAAGCCAACACCACACAACAUAUUACUUCUAGGCGGUAAGAAUUCCGGCAAGUCGACUUUUUUAAGAAUAUUACUUAAUCAUAUGGUGCGAAAAGCGGAUUUGAUCAGUGUGCAGCAGGUUGCAGUUUUAGAUAUUGACCCAGGACAAACCGAAUUUUCGGACCCCGGAUGCAUCUCCGUGACAAUACAUCGCAAGCCUGCAUUUGGAUCCAUAAAUUCAUUAAAGGAACUGUCUCAAAAGAGCGAAAUGCCAGUUCCAGACAUACAGGAAUUUGUUGGAUUUACAAGCCCACAAGUACAACCUCAAAGCUUCUUUAGGAAACUGAAGAGACUCAUAGACAAUUUGCCAGCCGAUUGUCCAGUUUUGGUGAAUACUCCUGGCUGGAUUAAAGGGUUUGGAGUUCAGAUCUUCGAAGAGUUAACCAGAAUGAUGCAUAUAACACAUCUCGUAUUGUUUACAAACUCGGAAAGACCAGAGAACGACCAGUAUCUUUUGGAAGGACUACAAUAUGACUAUUUAAUUCGUCUUCAAGGCUUCCAUCUUCCCUCAAGUGUUCACACCAUGAAGUACUCUUCUUCGCAGAUACGAAAUUUUAAGAUCUUAUCGUACUUCCACUACAGCAUACACACACACCACUAUGAUUUCACACCUCUACUAUCAGAAUCACCAUACAGGAUACCUUACUCAUCACUGGAAUGUGGAACUCAGAAGCCACUUGCUUUCAUCUCGCUUCUCGAUGGAAACAGCAACGUGAAUGCAGAGGAUGUGGAUGAUUUUCUAGUUUUUCAGGUUGUGGGAAUGUUCACAGCGACAAAAAGCCAUUUCAGUGAUCUCGUUAGUUCUUUGACAGACAGCGUGAGAAAAAGUGGCCGUUUGAUACAGGCAAAGGGACUGCCUAAUAUAGCCGUUGAGUGCUCCCAACUCCUUGAAGGGGCAGAUAUGAAAUACCAUGGAUUGGCGCUUAUUCAUUCGAUAGACCGUCGGUCCAAAUCGGUUAACAUAUACACGCCGAUCGACCUAUCGCAUAUUUCGGAGUUGGUGACAGAGCAAGAUGAAAAGUUGGUGUUUGUGAAAGGAGGACUCAAGUAUCCGGUUCAGGAAAUAUUCCCGGAAGCAAUGUACAGGGAAGGUGAUAUUGAUUGCAGCCGGAUUGAAAGCGGCUGGAUUCCCCGAAUGGCGGCCAAACGGCAUGAUUUGGCUGGAGAGGCGGUCAUGCCGUUGGCAGGUAAAGAAUACGACCAAACAAUGGCAGCUGGGGGCGGAAAUAAAAUUUUUAUCGCGUGUAAAAAUCAACAAUGGGGGAGCCAGGCAAGAUCUGGGAAAUAUUUCAAGCGUUGGAGAAAACGGGAGAAGAAAAAUUUCGCACCAGCAAUUUGGUGA